UGUUCCUAUAUGCAGAAGUAAACUUCCUGUGUACUCCCAGAGAAAAAAAAAAUAAAACCACAAAAAACCCAAUAACUGAAUUGCUGAAUAUAGCAGGGCGAAAAAAGAUGUAAAUCUAGCAGCUCUGUUGGAACCAAAUGGCAACCAUCAAGGUUGAAUCGAAGUCGGGCACAACUCACGUAAGUUUUGUCUGUCAGCGAUGUCGCCAACCUCUGAAACUCGACCACAGCUUCAACACCCUAGAUCGACAACUUCUUGCCGAGCUCUCAGCACCCUUUACUGCUGUUGAAAGUAAUGAAGAUGAGCUGGAUAUUAUAUCAAAACCUGCAUUGGAUGAUGUUGAAGUUGAUGAAAAUUACUCAAAAAGAGAUAUAACAAGCACCCCUGAACCAGAUGAAGAUGCUGGUGAUUUCCUCCUCUUGGGUGAAACAAGCCCUGGCAAUAUGGACAAUCUCAGCCAUAGAAUACGAGUUUCCAGUGCUUUGUUUGAUGUUAUGUCUGGGCAGUCAGAGAUUGAUCAUCCACUUUGUGAGGAAUGUACAGACAACCUGUUGGAUCAGCUUGAUAACCAGUUAAAGAUCACAGAGGAUGAAUGCAAGGAUUACAGAGAGUUCCUGGAAAACUUGGACAGCAUUCAAACAGAAGAAGACGGGUCUAAUCUAGAUGUGGAAUUGCAGCAGCUUCAGGCAGAGGAACAGUCCUUGAGACAACAGUUACAAAACCUGGAGACAGAACAGGAGCACACUGAGGCCCUGUUAGAGAAGGAGAGAGAGAUCAGUCAAAAACUUCAGGAUGAGGAAGAUAAAUAUUGGAAAGAAUACAAUGAAUAUAAAAGACAAGUCCAGGAAUUAGAAGAUGAACAAAGAAGUGUUGACAACCAACUUAAAUAUGCACAAACACAACUGGACAAACUAAAGAAAACAAAUGUGUUCAAUACCACAUUUCAUAUCUGGCAUAGUGGUCACUUUGGAACCAUAAAUAAUUUCCGUUUGGGAAGAUUACCAAGUGUCCCAGUUGACUGGAAUGAAAUAAAUGCUGCUUGGGGUCAGACUGUCUUACUUUUGAACUCACUUGCCAAAAAGAUGAAUUUAACCUUUCAGAGGUACCGCCUUGUUCCCUUUGGAAACCAUUCUUAUAUUGAAUCCUUGUCCGACAAAUCCAAAGAGCUGCCGUUGUAUGGGUCUGGUGGAUUCCGCUUCUUCUGGGACACAAAAUUUGACCAGGCUAUGGUAGCUUUCUUAGACUGUUUACAGCAGUUCAAAGAGGAAGUGGAGAAGGGGGACACAGGAUUCUGUUUACCCUACAAGAUGGAGAAAGGGAAGAUAGAGGACAGCAGCACAGGAACAUCAUACUCAAUCAAAAUCCAGUUCAAUUCCGAAGAACAGUGGACCAAAGCCUUGAAGUACAUGUUAACAAACUUGAAGUGGGGGCUGGCCUGGGUGUCCUCUCAGUUCGCCAACAAGUGACAGCUGGGAGUUGUGACCAGUAUUCCGACAUUUAUUUAUUUAUUGAACACCGUGAAAAAUAGUCACCUCAUAAUGAUCAAGAAUUGUGAUACUUUGUGUGUUUGUCAUGUUUUAAUAAAGGAAAGACUUUG